AUGUACGCUGGCAUUGAUCUCGGCACUUCUGGUGUAAAGGUGGCACUCAUAUCUACAGAUGGCUCUGUUAUAGAUACUGCCACAGCGCCUCUAAGUGUCUCACGACCCAAGCCGCUUUGGAAUGAACAGGACCCUGCAGAUUGGUGGGAAGCUACAAAUAAAGCGAUGGAUAUUCUCAAAUCUAAACAUGAUAUGAAGAAGGUUCGUGCAGUGGGACUCUCUGGUCAAAUGCAUGGGGCCACACUUCUCGACAAGGAUGGGAAGGUCCUUCGCCCCUGCAUUCUUUGGUGUGAUGGACGAUGUGGCAAACAAUGCCGUGAACUUGAAAAGAUGGUCCCACACUCUCGAAAGACAACAGGAAAUCUUAUGAUGCCAGGAUUUACAGCAGGCAAAUUACUAUGGGUAAAACAGAAUGAACCUGAUGUAUUUAAGAAGGUAGAUAUGGUUCUUCUACCCAAAGAUUAUUUGCGAUACCUCAUGACAGGCGAUUUUGCUUCGGAGAUGUCUGACUCUUCUGGAACAAUGUGGAUGGAUACGGCAAAACGUGACUGGUGUGAUGAUUUAUUACACGCAUGUGGACUCUCAAGGCGAAACAUGCCCAAACUUUACGAGGGUACUGAUAUUACCGGCCGCUUAAAACCAUGCGUUGCCCAGAAAUGGGGGAUGAAAGAAGUUCCGGUGGUGGGAGGAGGUGGUGACAAUGCAGCAGGAGCUGUUGGAGCUGGUCUAUACAAACCUGGUCAAGCGAUGCUAUCUCUUGGAACUUCUGGUGUUUAUUUUAUUGUAUCUGAUAAGUUCCGUUAUAAUGUAAAGGAAGCUGUACACAGUUUCUGUCAUGCGAUCCCUAAUUCAUGGCACUUGAUGUCAGUGAUUCUCAGCGCGGCGUCUUGCCUUGACUGGGCUGCCCGCAUGACUGGUUGUGAGAGUGUGAAGAAGUUUGUCUCGGAGGCGGAGCGAGCAGAAGGGUUUGACGAAGCCCCCGUCUGGUUUCUUCCGUAUCUCGCCGGCGAGCGCACGCCCCACAACAAUCCACACGCGAAGGGAGUCUUCUUUGGACUGACGGCGCGGCACGGGCGACCGGCGGUGGCCCGCGCGGUUCUCGAGGGCGUUAGUUUCGCCCUCGCAGCCGGCAUUGACGCCGUUGAUCGUUGCGGUCUGCAGCCGACGAGCAUCACUCUCAUCGGCGGCGGUACCCGCAGUCGCUUCUGGCGCCAGAUGCUCGCAGACGUGACGGGCAGGCCGAUGGAUUACUGCAGCGGCGCGGAGGUCGGGCCCGCACUCGGAGCUGCACGUCUCGCACAGGUGGCCAUCGAACAACGCCCGCUUGGGGAACUUCUUCCACGCCUCCCGCUCGUCCACACACACCAACCUGACGCUCAGCAGCACAAGAUCUACCAGCAACGAAGGAGGGUCUAUGAGGAGCUCUACAAAUCUCUGGAGCCCCUUAUGUCGGCCAAACUCUGA